AUGUCAAAUAAUGUAAAUGCAUGUGUUCCUUUCAAUGAAAUCGAAGGAGUAGCAUCAACAAAUGUUCCAGCUUAUUCAAACAAAAAAAGUCAAUACUUUAGAUGUGGUCGUCAUUUUGUUUAUGGAGUUUUUACUGGUUAUCAAUGGCAGUGUGUUGAAUUUGCUCGUCGAUGGUUAUUGAUGCGUAAAAGCUGUACAUUUAAAGAUAUUCCAUGUGCAUCUAAUAUUUGGAAUGAUUUACCAUAUAUUGAACGAGUUACAGACAGUCAAUAUUUUCAAUUGCGUUCUGUUCCAAAUGGUUCUCCAGAACCACCAAAAAAAGAUUCAUUACUUAUUUAUCCUCGUAGUAAAAAAAUGCCUUAUGGACAUGUUGCUAUUAUUACUGAUGUAACAACAGAUUAUGUUCAUAUUGCCGAACAAAACAAUUUAUAUCAUUAUUGGCCUGGUGAUUAUGCUCGUCGAGAACAAUUAAGAUUUCAUAAUGGAAAUUAUUAUAUUGAUGAUGAAGAUCCAAUUUAUGGUUGGAUGGAAAUUGAAAAUAAUCAUGAAUUGCAACCCUUUGAUGAAUCGAACAUUGAUAAUAUACUUGAGCAAUAUUUAUAA